ACAAAAUGUAGAAAAUACAAUGUUUGAUUAGAUAGUGAAGGUAUUAUGUGAGAGGUAGAUAAGAUGGCAAUGAAAUAAAUAAGGUGGGAAAUACAUACAGGAAUUGCAGACAAAUUUGUUUGAAUGACAGUGCAAUCUGAUCUGUUAUAUGUAUUUGAGUUUGUGCCUAGGAGACCCCCGCUCUGUGCAUUAUGUCAUAAGGCAAAGAAGAAAAGGGUGGUCUUUUACAAAAAUAUUUUAGUUGAUUUAAAACGCCAAAUGCCAAAUGCCAAAUGUUGUUUGCUUUGGUAAUAGUUUUUUUUAUAUUAGUGCUGUCCCAGAUUGCGAGGGUUUUUCUUUAACUAAAUGAAUUCUUUUGAUAUGAAACUGGUCAGUAAAUGUUUUUUUUAUCUAUAAUUAUAAUUGACUUUGAGAGUUUAUUUUUUUCAUAUAUCAAUUUAGAUUACAUUGCAUGAUCAAAUAACAUUCUCAUUGUAUAUAUUAUGUCAUGUAUAAGGAGAAUAAAGCUUGUUACGCUGUCUCAUCCAUACAAACAAAUAAAGCUCUAUAAUAGGGCUUGAUUCGAUUCCGUCUAAGUAAGCCCUAUUACUGUUGCUCUUAUCGUAUAUUUGUGAUUUCAACACUCUCCUUGUCACUGUAAAUGAAUUCGAACAAUCGUAGUCCUUGCCUGACGAAGAGGGCGGGCGUUGCUACAGUGUCAGUAAUGAAGGUUCUGUGCAUUACGAAUGAUCUUCCCAGGUAAUUUAAUUUCCACACUACUGUACUGUCUAUGAAUUUAAUGUAGUCUCUCAAUGCGUAAAUUUCCUCUCAUUUAGGUUUUAGCAGCUUCCGGCUGCGUGAAUGUUAUGUCAAUACCCAUCCAGAAACUGAAAAAAUAACCUCUUUUUUUUGUGUAUAUAUUGGCGUGGAAAAGUUUGAUUUGCAUUCCAGAAUCCGGGUCAACUACGCCAACCUAAUUGACGGGAAAUUCAAUGUAGAAACUGAUAGUGAAGUGCCAAUUGCUAGUAGGCUACAGAAUUUUUUAUUUUUUUUAAACAUUAUUAUUAGAUUGCUCUGUACUUGCCAAAAAUAUCAGACUUGGGAAGAUUUAAAUAGACGUCUCUGAUUGCUUUGAUUUGAAUCGGAUGCACAACCAACAUAUAUAGUUCAAGCUAUUAUUCUUUUAAAGAAUUUUUAUAGAAAAAUUAUUUUGUUGAACUUUUCUAAAAUUCUUAUUUACUUUUGUCUGAGAUGGAUGGAGAAUACAGGGUAUUGCGUCAACCAAGUGGGGUCCUGCAAAUGGCCACUUCUGCGAAAUAUCUGAGGGCAUUUUCUUCAUCGAGUCUUCAUCCUCUAUGUGGAAAGAGCUGUUCCACAGAGAGAGAGAGAGAGAGACAGACAGUGAGAUCUGGAACUUCAUAAUGUUGACCAUCAUCUUACUGUUGUGGUUAAACGGAGCUCUAUCAGAAGAAGCAUCUCUAGCGAAGCCUCAUUGCCCAAUAAGAUGUGGGAGCAUUUCAAUCCCAUACCCCUUUGGAAUUGGAGCCAAUUGCUCACUUGAUUCGAGUUUUUCAGUAGUCUGCAAUGAUUCUCACAGCCCACCAAAACUGUUCUUUGAAAGCCUCGACCUGGAGGUGCUGCAGAUUUCACUAGAAGGGGGCACCGUCCAUGUCAACCAUCCGAUCAUCACUUCCAAUUGUCCUGGCAGGGCCACAGCCUCGGAUUCGACUGUUAUCCUGUCCGGGCCAUUUACGUUCUCAGACACCUACAAUAGAUUCACAGCCAUGGGCUGCGACAAUCUUGCCUUGUUGCGCAGGCAAGCAACCAUUAUUAGUGGCUGCUUGUCAAUCUGCAAUAUUUCUUCUUCCAUCGAAACUGGCUGCAAUGGCAUCAACUGCUGCCAAACAAGCAUCCCUCCCUCCCUCAAAUUCCUCAAUGCAUCUCUAGGAAGCGUCAAUCGAGAUGGCGAUCAAAACGGCUGCAAGUAUGCUUUCUUGGUUGACCAAAAAUGGUUUAUAGAGGAAGUAAAAGACAUAGACUCUAUUGCAAGUAUGGAGUAUGUCCCUGCAGUUCUAGAUUGGAGGAUUCGGGGGGAAUGCUAUGGUAAUGAAAGUAAUAGCAACACCAGAGGUUCCUGUGGCAAUAACGCUUACUGCCGAGCAAAUCAAACAACUGCACUUCAAUGCUUUUGUGAAAGGGGCUAUUAUGGGAACCCUUAUCUUCCUAGUGGAUGUCAAGAUAUUGAUGAGUGCACCAACUAUAGCCUGAAUAGAUGUGACCAAGGGUGUACAAAUACGAAGGGGAGUUAUAAAUGCCUAUGCCGCCCUGGAUAUGUCCUUUUGGGGAAUUACUCUUGCUUUAAACUGUAUAGUGAUGGCGGCAGCUCUCGGAAGAAAGUGAUUGUUAUAGGAACCUGCACGGGUCUAGGUGUAUUAAUUUUACUUCUUGGUGUCUGGUGGUUUUGGAAUGUAAUAAAGAGAAGAAGGGAAACUAAGCUCAAGGAGAGGUUCUUCAAACGAAAUGGUGGCUUGUUAUUGCAGCAGCAGGUAUCAUCAGAUAAAGGUAAUGUUGAGGCAAACAAGUUAUUCACAUCAAAGGAGUUGGAGCAGGCCACUGACAACUACAAUAUGAAUCGGAUCCUCGGCCAGGGAGGCCAAGGAACCGUUUACAAAGGAAUGUUAACAGAUGGAAAAAUUGUUGCAAUCAAGAAGUCCAAAAAGGUGGAUGAAAACCAACUCGAACAGUUCAUCAACGAGGUUGUCAUUUUAUCACAAAUAAACCACAGGAAUGUAGUUAAGUUACUUGGAUGUUGUUUGGAGACAGAAGUUCCAAUGUUGGUGUACGAGUUCAUCCCUAAUGGAACUCUCUUUCAUUACAUCCAUAACCAAAAUGAAGAGUUCCCGCUUACCUGGGAGUCACGCUUGCAGAUUGCUGCAGAAGUUGCAGUUGCUCUUGCCUAUCUGCACUCAGCAGCUGCCAUGCCAAUUUAUCAUCGUGAUAUCAAGACUACUAACAUACUUUUGGAUGAUAAGUACAGGGCAAAAGUCUCAGAUUUUGGCACUUCGAGAUCAAUUCCUGUUGAUCAAACUCACUUGACCACGCUAGUGCAGGGCACCUUUGGUUACUUAGACCCCGAGUACUUUCAAUCAAACCAUUUCACAGAAAAGAGUGACGUUUAUAGUUUUGGGGUAGUGCUUGUUGAGCUAUUGACUGGGCAAAAGCCCAUUUUGCCAGCUAGAUCAGAUGAUGAAGGAAGAAGUCUAGCAGCAUACUUCAUAUUGGCAAUGAAGGAGAACCGUUUGAACGACAUUCUCGAUGCUCGAGUGGUGAAAGAGGGUAGGAAAGAAGAGAUUUUGGCAGUUGCAAUUAUUGCAAAGAGAUGCUUGAACAUGAUUGGAAGGAAAAGACCAACAAUGAAGGAGGUUGUAAUGGAGUUGGAAGGAAUGAGAAUGUCAAAUGGAGCAUUAACUCCUGUUAUGGAGACUCAGUGUGAAGAGGAUGAAUACAGCGUGGAUGAACUUGCUGGACCUUGUGGGCCUUCUUCAUCUUCAACAGGAUCAUUUUUCAGUGGAACCCCGAUUCAAUCAUCGGAUGUGAUGCCUCUAUUGUGAAAGAACCAGGCAUCUUGUUUCUGUAAUUGAAAUGAGUUUCUAUGACCUUUCCCAGGCGUUUGCUUUGCUCGUGGUAUAAUGAUACGGGUGUAGCAAGAAGAGUCCUCACCCACAAUUUCGUAGGAGCCAUACUUAAAACACAUGUAAUGAGUGGCGCGUUUGAAUAGAACCCUUGUUUUUUUAACUUUAAAUUUUAAAUCCUAGGCAAAGUGAAUAUCAUUAUUUAUGUUGGCUUGCGUAUAUUUUUCUGGAAAUGCUGAAAUGGAUUUGAGACAUAGAUGGAUUAGUGUGUGUUUUCUGUAUAUAUACGCUCAUUUCCAAUCAUGAAUAAAUGCUCUGUAUCAUUGCCAAACCAAACUUUUU